AAUGAAACUGACAGUAUGCUUGGCCCGAGUCUCUCAUUUGUGCAGGAUAUUCUAGUGCAGUGUGUGGGUUGAAGGGGAAAGGUAAAGCUUAUCUGGAUGGCUGUAGAAGACCACUUGGGAGAUACUGCAGGAGCUAAGCUUUCACAGCAGCCUAGCAAACAGCUAUCGUCACUUCUACACAACUCCUCCCAGAAUGCAGUGUAGUAGUGUAAACCUACCAUUGCGGUUAAGUUACCAAAACUAGCCACUAGCUGGCACUUUAAAUGAAGAAUAUUAAAAUGACAACUGGUGCCUGUGAUAGCAAUGCAGUGGAUAUAGGGGUUGGGUGAAUCCAUCCACCUGAUGAAUGUACUGAUCUCUGAGAAAUAUGUUGCCUAGAGUGUGUGUAAUUGUAAUGAUAUAGGAAAACCCAGUCAGACUUGUGUCCCUGUUGCUGGGAACUCUUUAAAUUGAGGUAGUGAGACUCAGCAGUGAGGUGCAUAAAAUAUUAAUUCUACUGAUCAUCUAUGUACUGCAUGGGUAUCCCCACAACUAAACGCCAGACUAAACGCUAGAUGUCUUGCCCCAGCAUGCACUGGGCUCAGUGUAGAACCUGGGCUGUAUUCCCUAGGAGCUGGUCUCUUCUUUGGUUUCCCAAAGUCCUGGUCAGACUCUGGAAAGCAUAAUAACCCCUUCAUUGCUAGGCAUGGUAUGACAUUGUGCUCAGUGAGGCAGAAAGCUCGUUUUGUGUUUGGAGCUGUAAAAACUUGUUUUGUGUUUGGUAAUUAUCACUGAAAUGUAUCAGGCACGGGGGAGGUCUCUACUAGCCCCGACUUAGACUACACUGUAAAAGAUGUCAGGUGGCACAAGAUAUACAGGAUUUUUUUUAAUAGUCUGCGAAUCAAAUGCAUUGGCAGAAAGGUACAACUAUAAUCAUAAUAUUUUGUCCUUCUGUAGCAUUGUGAGCUGAUGGACUUCCCACUCUGCUCUGAACAGUGUAGUCAUAAAGUCCAAACGUAUCCUCUUUCCUGGAGUUUGGCUUGACUGGCAGUUGAAACAAUAACAGUAUGUCAUAAAUCUUAGCCCAAGUCUGGCUGGUCCUAGGGCUUCCCUGCUGAAAUCUCUGUGCCCCAGACCUUGUGGUCGGAUGAUCAUCACACACUUCCUAUCUUCGUAGAAUUAACAAGCCAUGCCUGCUAUAAUGAUCCAACAGAACUUACUCAGCAACUUUAUGUAGGGUUCUAACUCUUAUUAACAGAGUGGGUUGGGGGAGAACCUGGACUCCCCGUUAGAAGCACCUUUUAGCAAAGGAGUUUAAAGCAUUUUACAAGUAAUAAUUAACUAAGCCUCAUGACCACCCCCAUGAGGUAGAAGACUAUCAUCAUCCCCCUAUUUACUGCUGGAAACUGAGGCCCAGUGAGCUUAAGGCCCAGAAACUCAAAGGUGUUUAGGCACCCAACUUCCACUGAAAUAAUUUAAAACUAGGCACCUAAAUAACUCUGAGGAUCUGGGCCCACGUGCUUAGCCCAACCUCAUACAGGGAGUCUGUAGCACAGCUGGGAAUUUCACAUGGCACCUUGCAAUAUCCUGAAAUAAUUCAGGGCUUUCAUUCUACUCAAUGUGUGCUAGAGAUUAGCCCUAACAGCCAGAGCCAAGUUUGGAUGUGUUUAAACCGGAUUCAUUUCAGGCCCAUCUCUUCUGUCUGAUCCUGCUAACAGCAGGUGCCACUGCAUUUACUGACUCUGAAUUGAAGAACUGAGUACACUUAACACUAAAGAACAGUGGCACCUCAUAUUUCAGAUGCUGUCAAGAUGCACAGGGGAGUGGAGGCCUCCAUUUGCUUCAUGCGUUCCCCCUUUAGCACUGAAUGUGAGUGUGAGGGCUGUUUCCCCUGGGUCCUGGGUAUCUCCACCGGAAGCUCUUACAAAGCAUUGAUAUUUCAUAUACUGUUAGCACAUUGGUGUCUCUUGAGGUACAAGCCCACACUCUUUUAUUAGUGGUUUAUUUUUAGGUUGCCUGAUCAUUGGGAACUGGGGAUUGCUAGCGUGAUGAGCAGUGCAGAGCAGACAGCUUACAGGCAGAGGCCAUGCUGGGACACAGCAGUCGAGAAAGGUAAAUUCCUCCUUCCCUUAGGGGUCUAGCCAGGGGCCAAGACCACUUUUGCUGAUUAGAGGGCAGCCCCCUGGCAUCACAACCCUAAGGGCCAAAUCUGCUCUUCCUUUGCACUGGCACAAACCCAGAUGUAAUUCCAUUGACUCUGGAUUUGGAAAGUAGAUGUUCACAGGUGUAACCUACCGCUGAAUUUGACCCUAACGGGUGCUUAUAUCAGCAGCAAAUCUGGGGGAAUCUCCUUACAUCCUGCACAUCUGUGAGGGUUGCUCUCGAUUCCUCCAGUGGCACAAGGUGUUUCCUUGCCCAUGAUAUUAAUCCCUCUUGCACAAACCACACAGUUCUGUCACUUGCUGAGCAGAAAGUGCUCUGCGCUGCCCCUGACAGAGCAGCUCCUUCCCAAGGUACAUUUCCCUUCAGCAUGAGUAGGGGGAGGUGCAGCCAAUGAGAAUGCCGCAAUUGGCAUGCAGAGGAAGGUCACCAACUACCCUUCAGGGGGUGCUGUUGACUCUCCCGGUGGGCUGGUUCUCCCCACGGGCUUGGGCAGAAAGGGAACCCCUGGCCCUGCCCCUCCUUACCCCCUUGUGCACCUAUUGUGCAUCUCUAGGUUUGUUGUGCAGAGGGUGCGAUUGUGCUAGGCCCAUACAUUGGUUGCACAUGGGGAGGAAAGUUUCUUGUGCUCUCCUUCCUCAUGUUAACCCACAUAAGGGCCAGGAACAAUCUCUGCCAUAAAUAGCUCAAAUAAGAAGGUCAGCAGAGGGGGUCUGAGGAGAACUUCUGCUUCCAUCGAGGCAAAACAGGGCAGGUGUGCAAUCUAUUAGGUGGUUAGUGCAUAGGACUGUGGGGUCAGGGCUCCUGGGUUCUCUUCCCAGCUCCAGGAGCAUGUGCAGUGUAAUGGUUAAAGCAGAGGAUGGCGAGUCAGGCGCCUGGGUUCUGUGGCUGAUUCUGCCAUUGAAUCACCUUCCUGUAGCUCAGUUUCUCCUCUUGUAAAAUCUGCAGAAAUAAUACUGCUUCGCCUCUGAAGGAGGAAGUGUGAGGGUUAGUGAAUUAAUGUUUGCAAAGCCCUUUGAGGCACACUCAGGUGAGAGGAGCUCUCCAUGUUCAGCUCAUGGUUAGCACAGUUUGCUUUGUAGAUGUCUGGGAAAGGUUUUGCUUUUGCGUGUUCACAUUUUCCUUGUUGAAUUUCUCAGUGCUGGCUUGUUGGAGUACACUGCCCUUGUUAUACUGACUGUCGCUGGAAUCUCAAACCUCACAGUAUUUCUGCUGGAAAAACCCUGUUUUCAGCCUUAUACUAUUCUUCCAGGUUUUUCACUGCUGUUUGCCCCGCUAAGUGUUUCUGCUGUCCAGCCAUUGUCAAGCUUCUAGGAAAUGUAGUUGACAAAGAGUUGGUGAAGUGUAACCAGCCUGCACACUUUUAAUUUGAAGCCUCUCUUUUAUUAUUCGUAACUGAAUAAAUCCAGGGAAAGCAGCAUCAGGCCAUGUUCAGAAAUUGGGCUCCUUGCGGUGUGUAGAAGAGGUGUGUAGAAGAGAAAAAUAUUUAUGAAUACUAUGGUGUAAAUCCAAGUAGCUCUAUUAAUUUUAUACUCUAGCUGAGGAUUUGGCCUAUUACACAUUUUAGGAUAAAUUUUUUUUAAUUCUUCUCUGUUUGUUGCACCUUAGAUAUGAAAACAACAUUGGGCCCAAUUCUCAUUCAUGCUAAGACCUUUUCACAUAUCUCUGAGGCACAUAAUAAUUGGCGGCAGAUCCUUAGCUGGUAUAAAGUGUCAUAAUGCCAUUGAAAUCAGUGGAGCUAUGACAAUUUAUUAAUUGGAGAUUUGCCCCCUGGACCCAAUCUCUGCUAGGAGGGCUGCUGGUUAGGGUUUAGUGAGUGGUUAGUGAUUCUCUUUCCUUGAUGUUGUCCUAGGCCAUCAAAAUUAACCCCAGCAAAACACAUGCGACAGGAGCUGAAGUGUUUUUCUCCCCAGCCUGACUUUUCAUUCUCAGGUUGCUGGCCACUUUUGGAAACCCUCUGGCUAUAAUGGGUUCUAGGGGAGAAGUGAAAGGACAGACUAACAAAGGGUCUUCGGAGUACUUUACUCUCUUCUCUUUUGUUCUGAUGUUAGUAUCAGAAUCAUCACUCACAUGGUCAGACACAAAAUCAGAAAUGAAGUGGAUUAGGAGAUUAUGCUUGGAGCAAAUCCUGCCACCAUAAUCUUACCUGUAAUCUGCAGGUCUCCCAUUUUACCUCCUUUCUAUUUUAACCCUGAACUCUGGAUGCCCCAGUUGGGAUCCCAUCACUAGCUCUUCCUCAUUGGCUGGAUUAGGAUUUGCUGCAUACUUAAAUGUCAGGUCCUUGUUUGAAGAGAGUUUUGCGAUUUUAAAUUCACUUUAGGAAGUGUGAAACUCUCUCUGGAGGGGUGCCUUUUUUCAGCUCUGUGACCCAUGACAGUGAACUAGAAGAAUCUUGCACUUGGGUGUUUGGGUUCUCUAAUUAGUGUAACUCCUGUGACAUCAGCUGAUUUUGAAACUUUAAGACAAAAAAUAGAAUUGAAAAAAAAAACCCAACCAAACCCCCAACAACCAAGAAGGAGAAGUCUUCAAAAUUUCCAUUCUUCCUGAAAAAUCCUGACAAUUUCUUUGUGUGGAAAUGGGGAACAUGGAUGGGAAAUCCGUGGAAGAAUUGAGUGCCACCGAGUCCCACCAAUGGUAUAAGAAGUUCAUGACGGAGUGUCCCUCAGGCCAGCUCACCCUGCAUGAGUUCAAGCAGUUUUUUGGUUUGAAAAAUCUGAGUCCAGCAUCAAACAAAUACAUUGAGCAAAUGUUUGAGACAUUUGACUUUAAUAAGGAUGGCUACAUUGAUUUUAUGGAAUAUGUGGCAGCUCUGAGCCUUGUCUUGAAGGGAAAAGUGGAACAGAAACUGAGAUGGUAUUUCAAGCUCUAUGAUGUGGAUGGGAAUGGCUGCAUUGACAGAGGAGAAUUAUUGAAUAUCAUCAAGGCUAUUCGAGCCAUAAACCAAUGUCACGAAACAAUGACAGCUGAGGAAUUCACAGACAUUGUGUUUGAUAAAAUCGAUAUUAAUGGAGACGGUGAGCUCUCCUUGGAGGAGUUCAUGGAGGGAGUACAGAAGGACGAGCCGCUCCUUGAAAUUCUCACCCGGAGCUUGGACCUGACGCACAUUGUCCAGAUGAUCCAGAAUGAUGGGAAGAACCCGCAGGGCUCGGAUCAGACGGGAAAGGCGGCUGAAUAGAAAUUUUCAAAACUUUUAUUUUAUUGUCUAACAUUAUUAAAAAAUGGGGGGGGGUAGGGA